AUGACGAACCAACAAGACACCCCCACAGCUCUAACUCCUACUGCGUCCACUCCUCGUACUUCUCUUGUUCCCCCCGCUCAGCCUGAUUCAACUUCAGCUUCAGUCCCAGCUUCCGCUUCCACUUCCGCUUCUGCUUCUCCAUCUUCCCCCACGCCUCAAGCUGAACUCAUCCCCGCAGAGGACCCCGGAGAUAACGUCGAUCAUGAUAACUUUGACAUUGACUCGGCCCUUGGGUCAGACGCUGCCAGUUUUCUAUAUCCCGAAUCAAUAGCAGCAAGUAUCCUCGAAUAUAGAACCAUCCAAGGCCGUACCUAUCACAGUGACCGGCAUGAUGCCGAUUACUAUGCUCCCAAUGACGAGCAGCAGCUCCAAUCUGUCGAUAUCACCCAUCACUACCUCACCAUCCUACUCGACAACAAGCUCUUUUUAGCUCCCAUAUCACCUCACGUCCAGACAGUUCUAGACGUCGACGCACAUCCCAGUGCCCAAGUCGUCGGCUCGGACCUCUCGCCCUGCCAGCCAGAAUGGGUCCCUCCAAACGUACGCUUCGAGAUCGCAGAUGCCUCUCUCGAGUGGCCCUGGAAAGAUGACUACUUCGAUUUUGUCCACGUACGCUACCUGUUUGGCUCCAUUCGAGACUGGCCAGCACUCUUCCGCGAAGCAUACCGUUGUUGCGCGCCUGGAGGAUGGGUUCAAUCAUGCGAAGCCGACAUCCAUUUCUACUCCGACGACGGGACAACCGACAACGAACCCGCCCUCAAGACGUGGAAUGAUCUGUACGAGAGCGGUGGACUCGAGACAGGAAGACCAUUCUUUCUCCAGAGAGAGGCAAUACAAGAGCGGAGUAUCACAGAGGCUGGCUUCACCGACGUCAGAAUAUUUGACUAUAAACUACCUGUUGGCGGCUGGCCAAAUAAUCGCAAACUCGCCGAGACGGGCGAGUAUGUCAGGUUGACCAUGGAGAAUGAUCUUGAGGGGUACACAUUUUACACUUGGCAUCAUGUCCUCAACUGGUCCCGGGAAGAGUACACGCAGUUCGUUGCUUCGAUGCUCAAAGCGCUGUCUAACCGCAGAUUGCAUGGGUAUAUGAUGGUGCGAUACGUAUAUGGUCGGAAGCCAUAG